AUACAAACUUGCCCAGGUGAACUUCUUCCUCUGAGCUAGGGAGGAGAGAGAGUUUUUGUUAAAUUAAAGCCAUAAAUUUUUGAAUGUUUUCUUGGGGGAAAACAGUGUAAUAGAAUCGUGGCUUGUUUGUCAAUUAAUGCAAAUAUUGGCUUGUAAAUUGAAUUCCCAAAGGCCACAAUCACAAGGACCGUACUCAAUCUCUUUGCUUCGUUCCAAAACAGAGAUUUCCCAAAGCACAAAUUAAAAAGCUUUUCUUGGCUUGAAGAAUAUACUAUACCCUUCUUGAAUCAAGCUGAAGGUUGGAAAAAAAUAAAAAAAUAAAAAAUAAAAGCAAAAUCACCUUGUUAAAUAGGCUUUCCUCCAAGAACAACGAGCUUGUUUGUGUUGGGUUCGGGAGAUUUUUAAGGAUGGGGGAUCAUUUUGUAUUGUUGGUGGAUCGAUUACUCACUGAGUCCACAUUGGAAGCUGCGAUUGAAAGCAAAAACCGGUUGAUUCAAUCUGCAGACCCAGCAGCCGGUGAGUCAAAAAACAAUAACUCGUCCCGGAAGAUGGAUUUUGGGAAUAUAUCAUUUCCCAGGAAACUGGUGGAGUGCAGGAUAUGCCAUGAUGAAGAAGAAGAUUCAAACAUGGAAACUCCAUGUUCUUGCUGUGGUAGCUUGAAGUAUGCUCACCGCAGAUGUGUACAGAGAUGGUGCAAUGAGAAGGGGGACACAACAUGUGAGAUAUGCCACCAGCCAUUUAAGUCUGGCUAUACAGCUCCACCUCCAUUGUUUCGAUUUGGGCGUAUUCCAAUGAACUUCAGAGGAAACUGGGAGAUUUCCAGAAGGGACAUAAAUAGACCUCGUAUUAUAGCAAUGGUUUCAACUGAUCGUAACUUCCUCGAUCCUGACAAUGACGAUCAUACCGCUCUUCCUGCAAGAAGUGUCUUCUGCUGCCGUUCAAUAGCUUUUAUUUUCAUGGUUCUUCUGAUUUUAAGGCAUACUCUUCCUCUAAUAAUUAGUGGGAACAAUGAUUUUUCUUUCCCAUUAUUGCUGUUGCUUUUUCUACGUACCGCUGGGGUUGUUCUGCCAGUAUAUAUUGUGGUGAGGGCGGUUACUGCUAUUCAGCACCGCCGUACCCAACAAGAGGUUCCUGUUUCAUCAAUAACUUCAUCUGAUGAAGAAACUGCCGAACAUUUAACCUUGCAGCCGCAGCCUCAUAUCAUUCAUGUUUAACUAAAAAAAUCAAUAGAGCUAGAGAAAAUUGAAAUAACCCAGAACAGGAAUUUGGUGUUGGCUUGUUAUGUGAAUAAAAGACUUCCAUUACAGGUCAUCAAUCAAAGCUGAAACAAAGAAGGAAUGGGAAAAUUAUUAGCUUGAAAGGACCAAUAUGGAAGGUUCUCUACCUUUGUAUUAUUAUAGACGGAUAGUCUGGAAAAUAGAGCAAGGAAUAUUUCAGCUAAGAUGUAUAGGUUAGGAAAUGUGCAUUUCUUUGCCUCAUGGCAAUCCGUAAAGUAAGAAAAGUAUCCCAAUGUGUAUAUACACAGAUUAUAUCAAGGAAAUACAAUGGCAAGCAACAAAGAUGAAAAUGUAUGUAUACUUGGUUAGUAAACUAAUGAAUUACUUAACCUCAGUAUUUUUUAA